UCAGGAGCGGACGUCAUGCAAGAAGAUCUAGAUGUUUGGGGGGCAGAGAGGGUUCUCCCUCAUGGGACAGUGGAGAACCUCAACAAGUGGUCAAUGUACGGAGAUGGAGAAUUUCCUGAACACACCCAGAGUCUAAUGAGACAAAGACCUGAAGGGGAGGGACCAGGGCAGUGGAAUCUGAACAGAGAGGGGGAACCUCAGGGGCAAUGGUAUGACAAGAUGUACUCAAUCAGAAGCAUGCCCACAAUCACUCACCGGGACUUCAGGGAGGAAGACGGUGUGGAAGACAUGACGCAGUUAGAUGAGAUGCAUGAGGGAGCUGUUUUGCUGAAUUUAAGGACAAGGUUUGACAGACAGCUUAUUUACACAUACAUAGGCAGCAUACUGGUGUCUGUGAAUCCCUACAAGAUGUACAACAUUUAUGGAACUGACGUUGUGCUGCUGUACAAGGGUCAUGCUCUGGGAGAACACCCUCCGCAUUUGUUUGCCAUAGCAAAUGCUGCUUACUCCAAAAUGAUGGAUGCCAAAGAAAACCAGGUCAUAAUAAUCAGUGGGGAGAGCGGGUCUGGAAAAACGGAGGCCACCAAACUCGUGCUUCGCUACCUGGCGGCAAUAGAUCACAAUUCAAAUCCUAUGCAACAGAUUGAGAUCCUGGAGGCGGCGCCUCUGCUGGAAUCCUUUGGAAAUGCCAAAACUGUGCGAAACAAUAAUUCUAGCCGCUUUGGGAAAUACAUAGAGGUCUACCUGGAGGAUGGUAUAAUCAGUGGUGCCAUAACCUCUCAGUAUCUGCUGGAAAAAUCCCGCAUUGUCUUCCAGGCCAAAGAUGAGAGGAACUAUCACAUCUUCUACGAGAUGCUGGCAGGUCUUCCUUCUCAGCAGAAACAGGCUUUCUACCUGCAAGAUGCUGAAACCUACUUUUACCUCAACCAGGGAGGGGACUAUCUGAUACGAGGAAAGAGCGACGCAGAUGAUUUCCGACGUCUGCUCUCUGCCAUGGAAAUCCUUCACUUCACCCCUGAGGACCAGUCAGCCAUCUUUAGAGUCCUCGCGUCUGUACUGCACCUGGGCAAUGUUUACUUUCAGAAACAUGAGGCUGAUGGCCAGGAGGUGGCGUCAGUGGUGAGCGCGCAGGAGAUCAGGGUGGUGGCAGAACUGCUGCAGAUCUCACCAGAAGGACUACAGAAAGCCAUUACGUACAAAGUCACGGAGACAAUGAGGGACAAAAUCUACAGCCCUUUGAGUGUGGAAAAUGCUGUUGAUGCCAGAGAUGCUGUUGCCAAGAUUCUGUACUCGCUUAUCUUCCAUUGGUUAACCGAGAGGAUCAACGCUCAAGUGUACCCUCGCCAACACAGCCUCUCCAUCUCUAUUCUGGACAUUUAUGGGUUUGAGGAUCUGGCCUUCAACAGCUUCGAGCAGCUCUGCAUCAAUUAUGCAAACGAAUACCUGCAGUUCUUCUUCAACAGGAUCGUAUUCAGGGAGGAACUGGAGGAGUACAGCAGAGAGCAGAUCCCGUGGCAGGACAUCACAUUUAGCGACAACCAGCCCUGCAUCGACAUCAUCGCCGCUAAGCCUCAUGGGAUACUGAGGAUUCUGGACGACCAGAGCUGUUUCCCUCAGGCAACAGACCACACUUUUCUGCAAAAGUGUCACUAUCACCAUGGCCACAAUCCGCUGUAUGUGAAGCCAAAGAUGCCGCUCCCAGAGUUCACCAUCAAGCACUUUGCUGGUCGGGUCACCUACCAGGUUUAUAAGUUCCUCGAUAAGAACUACGAUCAGGUUCGGCAGGAAGUGUUGGACCUGUUCAUUCAGAGCAGAAACAAGAUGGUGUCGAACCUGUUCCUGGCUCACGCAGACGCAAUAGCUCAGCAGAGAGGAGGAGGCCACAUGAGGAAGAGCAGCUCAGUCACCAGAAAGUACCAGCCGCCCACCGUCAGCAGCAAGUUCCAGCAGUCGCUGCUGGAGCUCGUGGAAAAGAUGGAGAGGUGCAACCCUUUUUUUGUUCGCUGCAUUAAGCCAAAUAAUAUGAAGCGGCCAGCCGUGUUUGAGGACGAGCUGGUCAGCAGCCAGCUGCGACACUCCGGGGUCCUGGAGACCAUCAGGAUCCGCAGAGAGGGCUACCCGGUCAGAAUGCCAUUCUACGUCUUUCUCUUCAGGUAUAAGUCUCUGGUUGGACUUAAACAGCCGCCGCCAGCAAACGGAGAAAACUGUGUGAUUAUGCUGAGCAAGCUGUGUCCCCUCCGACCUGGGGCCUUCCACAUUGGGGUCACAAAGCUGUUUCUGAAGGAGGACGUCUACCAGCUGUUGGAGUGCAAACGAGAGCGAUGCCGAGAGCUCGCUGCGCUCACUCUGCAGCGCUACGCCCGCAUGUUCUUCGUCAGGAAGCGAUUUGUCGAAUUUCGCAACAAGAUAAUCGGGUUUCAGGCGCACAGCCGGGGCUUCCUUCUCAGGAAGCGCUACGUGAAAAUGAGGGAGAGUCUGGUCCGGUUCCGCUCUUAUGUGCGAAUGUAUGUCAACCGCAAACAAUACAUAAAGAUGAAGUUUGAAGCCAAGAGGAAAGCUGAAGAAGAGAGGAGGAAGAGAGAGAUGGAGCUGACGAAGCGCGAAGUGGUGAAUGUAACCCAUCUUGUGAUUCCUGCAGAACUUGGCGCUCUCCUGCAGACGGCAGCAGGUGGGAGGGAGCUGCACGCAGACUGCUUGGCCUUGCUGCAGGCGCCUCACAUCCUGGAAGAAGCUCAGCUCACUUUGCCCCUGGACAUCAACAACCACCCUUUUUACCGUUACGUACAGGUCCACUUCAGGGAGCCAAAAUUUGGGAUGCUAAUGGUUCCUCUGGAGUUACCUCUAACCAAAGUGGAGGACGACCUCAAGAGAGAGGCUCUGGAGCUUUUCAACAUGGUUUUGCGGUUUAUGGGGGACCCUCACCUGAACGGGGCUCAGGAAAACCUGUUUGGGAAUUACGUCAUCCAAAGAGGGCUGAUGUCUCCGGGUUUACGAGACGAGAUCCUGGCUCAGGUCGUUAAUCAGGUGUGGAGAAACACGAACCUUGAAAACGCCGAGAGGGGCUGGCUGCUGCUGCUGGCGUGUGUUUCCAGCUUCGCCCCUUCGCCCAGGAUGGAGAAACAUCUGCUGAAGUUUGUGUCAGAUCAUGCCCCUGCUGGUUGCCAGGCGCUACUGCAGCACAGACUCAUCCAAGCCAAUCAGAAGAUGCAGCAAAGCCUCGGCUCCUUCCCCGAGGCUGCGCGGACCUAUCCGCUGUCUCUGCUGGAGUGGACGGCCAAUAGGAAGAAGGCAAACAUGGUGCUGCAGGUGCACUGCUUUGAUGGAGGAUCCUUCCUGUGUCCCGUUCAUUCUUGGACCAGCGGGGAGGAUUUAGCGGGACAUAUCCUGCGUCACAGAGGAGUUUCCGACUGGUGGAGGGGGAGUUCGGUUCUGAUGAAGGAGCAGAGCCAGUGGGUGGAGUUAGCCGGCCAUGACUAUGUGCUGGACCUGAUAGCGGACCUGGAGCUUCCUGUGGACUUUCCCAAGCAAAAGAGUUACUUCAUCAUCAGCACUGAUAACCCAGCUAGAGUCAGAGCUAAUACCAGCCUCACCUUGUUGGGCAGCGGCUUUGACUCAGACGAGGAGCUUCCAUCUUCCUUUCCUCUGAGCAGCAGCGGCAGCAGACCAGCCCACAGCCUGCCUGACUCUGAUGGUUACUACAGUCACGCAGAAUCGGACACGUUCAGCGACGGUCAGACUCAGAGAGGAAUGGACCGCUACCUGGACAGCCUGUUUGACCCGGUUCUGUCAGAUGACGGCGUGAACAUGGAAAAGGCCGCCUUGUCUACCAGAAUGAAGGGAGGAGGAGGCGUCGGCGUCGCAGGGGAAGGCGGCGGCGAGGGGCAAGCGACUCCCACCCGGCCUUAUCCACCGGGGAUUCGUCCUGGAGCCGUCCCAGUGCUCCCAGUGGCCGGAGGAAUGAUGCCCCCCAGGCCAGUCCCCUCCUACCACCAUCACCAAGAACGACACCAGCAGGAAGAGGAAGAGCCGCAGCAGCCCGAGUACCAUCAAUACAACCGUCCCCAACAGCCCUACCCUCCACCCGCCUCCCCCACUCCCGCCUCUCGCGUAACGCCCACUCCUUUGCCCACCCGGGCCCCCGCUUCAGUGCCCACAGCUGCCCAAGCAGCUGCGAGGGAAACGGACGCAUCGUCUUAUCUCGGGGGCGUCCCGGGCCUGCCGGGGAUGACUGCUCUCCCGACGUUGCCCGCAGUCCCAGGCUUGCCUGUGAUGACAGGUGUGCCAGGAUCGGAGCAGGUGGUGCUGACUCAGCAACAACAAGCCAUCAUCAACCAGCAAGCUAUCAUUCUGGCGCAGCAGAUGACCAUGCAGGCCAUGGCGAUCCAGCAGCAGAUGUUGUCUUCCUUCCCUCCUGUUGCUCCAGCUCCCCAGACGCCACCACCGCACCACCACGCAAACCCGCCGCAGCGCUCACACACACCGAGCCCCUCCAAAGAGAGCAGCGAGUCGCACAAGUCCAGCCCUGCUGCCGUCCAGCGGAAAACGAGUACGACUCGUGGGCCGCCUCCUGAGGAUGUUGUCCGGUCCAGUGUGAGCAACACGGAGCGAAUCGAUCCGAGCCACGACAUUAAAGACAUAAUCAAGCAGCACCAGCCAGCAGGCACAACAUCCUCAGUUGGGUCUCCAACUCAAAGAAAAAGUGACGGGAAGAAGUUUGCCAAGAAACCUGACCCCCAUGACGAAGCUAUGGAGAUCCUUAAAGAUCAAAUGGCAAAUCCCCCGCAACCGUCACAGAAGAAGCCUCCACCCUCCCAACCCCAACCUAAGGAAGAGGAAAAAGUAAAAGCCGUCAAAGUAGCCAAGCCUCAACCUGCAGAGUUUGCAGCCAGUUCCAUCAUGAUCCCCUCCCAUCCUCCAGUCUCUAGAGAUUUACCAGUGGAAGAGGAGAAUGUUCAGACUCAACUCCACAGCAGAACCAGUGAUGAAUAUUACACCUACUCUAAUGUCCCCUGGAAACUCUUCAUGAGGAAGGAGGUUUUCUACCCCAAAGAGAACUUGAAUAACCCUCUGAUCCUGGACUUAAUUUUCAGACAGAUCGUACACGAUACCUUCUCCGAAGCCUGCGUCCGCAUCACUCAGGAAGAGAGACAGAAGAUGAAAGACCUUUUCGCGGAGAACAAAGUGGAUCAGGCUUCAGGAACGCAUGACGAAAGCGUGAAGAAAAAAGUGGUGACCAUGGCCAAAGACUCUUGGGAGAUCUACUUCUCCCGCCUCUUCCCCGCCUCUGGCAGCGUGGGAACGGGAGUGCAGGUCUUGUCCGUGUCGCAUAAAGGCAUAAAGCUGCUGAAGCUGGUGAAGAGCGGCUCGACCGCUUCAGACUACUUCAGGGUGUUGAGGCCUUACAGCUAUUCGGACAUCCUGUUUGUGUCUAUCCCGUCGAAGAACAUGCUGGAGUUCAACUUGACCAAUGAGAAACUGAUUCUGUUCUCUGCCAAAGCGCCGCAGGUCAAACAUAUGAUCGACUACUUCCUCACAGAGCUCAAGAAGGACUCGGAGUACAUGGUGGCGGUGAGGAAUUACAUCACUGAGAACAGGAAUCACCUCAGCUUCCACAAAGGAGACAUCAUCCGGCUGCAGCACAUGGAUGGGCUGGAAUCUGGAAAACAAUAUGGCUGCAUUGUGAGGAAAACUGUCAUGCUUCUGGAGGAGCUGAAGAGGGACACCCCAGAGUUUGGUUGGCGUUUCGGGGCUGUUUUUGGGAGGUCCGGAGUGUUUCCCAGCAAUUACGUCCAUCCUGUAGCUGCUCCUGACUUCCUGUUUCUGCCAGCGGAGCGUGCGGAGCCCCGCGACAGGCACGGACGGGUUGCCGCAUCAGCUGCCGUUGCUGUGGCGAUGGGCUCGGCUGUAGCUGCCCAUGAGCUCGAGCUUUCCACAGAGGUCGUGAACGAGAUGUACGGGGACAGCUGGAGUGUGGAAAUGGACGAGCUGCCUCUGCACAGCAAUCAGUAUUUAAUGACUGAGUUUGCCAAGAAGUACUUCAGAGAAGCCCAGAGGAACAGGAGUGAGCAGAAAGCCAAAAAAGGGAAGGAGGCCAGAGAUCCUGCUGAUAUGAUCAAAUUCUCCAAGUCUCCAAUCCACGAGUCUCUGAUUGACUUCUCUGACAGUGGGAUGAACAGAGUGGCUGCUGAUAUCUCUAUAGCUAUUAUGAAGUUUAUGGGAGAUUUUCCAAUGAAAGGCCAGACUGAGCAGGACCUGGUGGCUACUAUACUAAAGUUAAGUAGCGACCACGGUCUGAUAAAGGACGAAGCCUACUGCCAAGUGAUGAAGCAGGUCACUACCAACACCAGUUCCAAACAGGAUAGUUGCCAGAGAGGGUGGAGGCUGCUGUACAUCCUAACAGCUUUUCAUCGCUGCUCCGACGUCAUGAAGCCUUUUCUGCUGAGGUUCCUGCAGGAUGCCUGUGACAGCCCUGGGAUGCCAUACCAAGGUAUCGCCAAGGCUUGUCAGGAGAAUCUGAAGAGGACAUUCCAAUAUGGUGGACGUAUUCAGUAUCCUAACAGUAUGGAGAUCAAGGCAAUACUGGCUGGGCGCAGCUCAAAGAGACAACUUUUUCUUCUUCCGGGUGGGAUUGAAAGGCACUUGAAAAUCAAAACAUGCUCUGUCGCGUUGGAUGCAAUUGAGGAGCUCUGCUCAGAAAUGGGACUACAAAGACUGGAGGCGUUGGACGAGUAUGCAGUCUUUCUGGUUACACACAAAGGUCAGAAUGUGCGUCCCCUGAACAAGCGUGAGUACAUCCUGGACAUCGCCACAGAGGCCGAGCCAGUGGAUGCCAGCUACAGUCUGUGGUUUAGAAGGGUCGUAUGGAGUCUGGCUCUUAAACUUGACAAUGAGCUUUACGUCACCAUGCACUACAACCAGGUCUUACCAGACUACCUGAAGGCUUUGCUGGGUGUAGUUCCUCAAGGUAAGCCCAGUGACCAGCAUAUGCAACAAAUUGCCAGACUGGGCGCCCUACAGCAUCGUGCCAAGGACGCCAUUUACCUGCCCACGCUCCGCGAGGUGCAGGAAUGUGUCCCCUCACAGUUCUACAGCAAACAGGGUUCCCAACAAUGGCUGAACAUGGUAACGCAGCACAUGCAGUACGUCCAGCCUUUAAACCCGCACCAGGCCCGCGCACAGUUCCUGGGUCUGGUCAGUGCCUUCCCCAUGUUUGGCUCCUCUUUCUUCUACAUACAGAGUUUGAGCGCUCCAUCUAUCCAGGCGCCCUGCAUCCUGGCUGUGAACCUGAACGGACUGCACUUCCUUAACAAGGACACCCACGACGCCAUGGUACGUUUCCCGCUGAAGGAGGUACAGUCGACCCGCACCCAGAGACCAACUUCAGGCUCCAGUUAUCCGUACGUGGAGAUCAUGAUCGGAGACCUGCUCAACCAGCGAAUCACGCAGCUGCAGCUGGAGCAGGGCCUGGAGCUGUGUCGAGUCAUUGCCAUGCAUAUGGAGAACAUGCUGUCAUUCAGAGAGAAGAGACUCACCUUGCCACCAAGUGAAAUCACCCUGCUAUAGCACAGAAAUCACCAUGGAUGGACACAAAGAUCCUUAUUUAGUGCCCCGUGAGGGCACUGUAUCUACCUCUAAAAUAUUUUAAUAUUUUUAUACUCUCAUUUUAUUUUAGCUAAGAUGAAAUGUGCAUUUAUUGAAAUUAGAUGUGAGUUUACGCUCAGCAAAAGGAAGACGUUCCUCUUGUAGGUGUGCAAAGUGUUUUCUUGGCAGUUUACCGUUCUACUAAAACAGAGAUGCAAGUUGAAUAACCUACAUGUUUAACCUUGCCUUGCUUGACACAUUAGCAAAUGAUCAUGCACUGUCUUUCAUUAGACUUGAAUAUGCAUUCAAAUUCAUCCUCAUAAAUCAGAGUUCUUGUUUAUGUGCAGAUAGAAGCAGGAGAAUGCAACCAACUCAAUUCUUUUUUCUUCUCUUUGCCAUGUAAACAAAGUCAAAUAACUAAUCACAUGGCACUUCAUAGGACCCAGUUUUGGUUAAUAAAGUUUGAAGCCACAUUAAUGAACAGUAUGCACUGAAUAAAUUUCUAUUAGUACAAUAAGUAUUUUAUAGAAAUGCCUACAAUUAAUGUAUUUGACUAAUGCUGGACAUUAAAGUUUGUAAUAUAA